AAAACACUGUAAACGGAAAUUGGAUAGAUCCUACUUCUAAAUUUCUAAUGUCGUCUAGAGUUGGAAAGAGAGAAAAGGGAUGCCUGAAAAAUGCAGGCAUAUCUUUUGCAGUGGGGUUCUCCUUCCACGAGCUCCAUAAACGUUCUGUUAGGGCAAAGUAUAGGCUCUUUCCACCCGUUCAAAUUGAAUCUUUUAAUCCCUUAUCGUCCUCGUAUCCAACAUCGUAGUUCUGUAAUCUCAGCAUCAUCAUCUAAUAAAGGAGAGCAAAAUCACUAUGCCGUGCUUGGUCUUUCCUCUACAGCUUCUUCCACUGACAUCAAACGAGCUUAUCGUAAUCUCGCCUUAAAGUAUCAUCCUGAUGUUUGCAAGGAUUCACAAUCUGGAGAGGUUUUCAAAAGCAUUCGACUUGCAUAUGAUGUGCUUUCAAGUGCACAAACAAGAAACCAGUACGAUCGUGCACUUCAAUUUAGCAAAGACGGUCCCAAUUCAUGGAGGCCAAAGUCAACCUACAAUUAUGCAGAACUAGAUGAGGAGGAAACAAUCAGGAUAUAUAGGUGGGCAGAGCUGAGGAGGCAAGUGCGCAGUGAGAAGUACUGGCAGCAACGUGAACCAACCUCGUACGGUGAAGACAACACUGAUGAGGAGGAAGAAGAAGAAGACGAAACUUCAACUGAAGAGAGAGGAUCAUUCAUUGAAAUCCUGAGAUCUACAUUCUUCAUCCUAUUUUUAGUACAGAUGAUAGGGUCUCAAUUAUCUCUCUUACUCUGCAGUUUCAUUGCCUUGAUAGACGAGAAGUUGGACGCUGGAUACAAAAUUGGUUAUUUGGUUGCAUGGCUUUUGGGUGGCAGAGAUGGAAUUUUACUCACUCUGUGCCUCUCUUUCACAAGUUGGCUCUGUGGUAAAAGCAGUAGCAGUCACAUUGCUGCGAUGGUGGUAGCCAUGUGGGUUGGGACUAAUCUGGCGAGGUAUGCUCCACAAGGUGCACUCCUAACACUUCUGUAUAUGUCUCUUAAGCUACAAGAUCAUUUACGCUGAGCUUUAACUGUUUCCUUACUUUGAUUUUUCAUGCCUCUGUAUGUACAUAAUAGUUUACACUUAACGAAUCUUAAGGAACACGUUUAAGCUCGGUCAUAAUCUGGAAAGGAUAUUUGCUAGGGCUUAUCGUAUCACUAAACCAUUUUCUGGAUUUGUUUCAUAUUCGAUUCUAAAUGCUUUUGGUUAGUUUA